AGAGAGAGAGGGAGCGAUAGAGAGAGAGGGAGCUAGAGAGAGAGAGUUUGUUAAUUUAUUAAAUAAUCUAAAUUAAAAUAGCGAUGAUAUUAACAAUUGGUGAAAUUGCAUCACACCCGUUUUCAUGAUAGGCGUUAUGAUACCCAUUUGACAGCAUGCGGGUAUCUUAUUUUCCAGCAUCUGAGCCAGAUGUUCUGACCAAUGAAAGAGCGAGCGUUCGAAUGAGGAGGCGGAGGCUGGAAUUUCAUGGAUGCAUGUAAUGUCUGUCGAACCACUAGCGAUUAGAAAAAUAUACAUUUUCAUGUAAAAUUCACCAUUCUCAAAUGCAAUAUGGACACUGCGGUUGUUGUCGUAUGGCUUUCUAUGGUGGUAACCAUCCUGUCGAGGUCGCACGCCGACCGGAACGUCUACCCGUCUGCAGGCGUACUGUUUGUCCACGUCCUGGAGAGAGAGCACUUCAAAGGAGAGUUCCCCCCCUAUCCCAAACCUGGGGAUUCCAGCAACGACCCCAUCACCUUCAACACCAACCUGAUGGGCUACCCAGACCGGCCAGGCUGGCUGCGCUACAUCCAGAGGACCCCACACAGCGAUGGGGUGCUCUAUGGAUCCCCCACUGCAGAACACGUGGGCAAGGCAACCAUCAUAGAGAUAACUGCCUAUAACAGACGCACUUUCGAAACGGCCCGGCACAACUUGGUCAUAAACAUCAUGUCCACGGAAGAGUACCCACUACCGUACCAGGCCGAGUUCUUCAUAAAGAACAUGAAUGUGGAGGAGAUGUUGGCCAGCGAGGUUCUGGGAGACUUCCUGGGCGCAGUGAAGAACGUGUGGCAGCCCGAACGCCUCAACGCCAUCAACAUAACCUCAGCGCUGGACAGGGGCGGACGCGUUCCCCUGCCCAUAAACAACCUCAAAGAGGGUGUGUAUGUGAUGGUGGGGGCAGACGUCCAGUUCUCUUCCUGCCUGCGGGAGGUGGAGAACCCCCACAACCAGCUCCGCUGCAGCCAGGAGAUGGAGCCUGUCAUCAGCUGUGACAAGAAGUUCAGGGCCCAGUUCGACAUUGACUGGUGCAAGAUCAACCUGGUGGACAUCACCAAGGUAGUCAUGAUCCACAGUAACCGUCCAGACCCAGGGACGGGGGUUCUGCCUGACAUCGGGGAGUACAACCCCCCAUCAGAGUCUCUGAAGAGCAGGGACUUCUUUGCCGACUUCCUCAUCACGUUGGCGGUGCCCUCGGCCGUGGCCAUGGUCCUCUUCACCAUCCUGGGUUACUCUAUGUGCUGCCGGCGAGAAGGGGUGGAUAAAAGAAACAUGCAAACACCAGAUAUCCAGUUAGUUCACCACAGCUCCAUCCAGAAGUCCACCAAGGAGCUACGGAGCAUGUCUAAGAACAGGGAGAUCUCCUGGCCCCUCUCCACCCUGCCUGUCUUCAGCCAAAGUGGGGAAGUGGUACCCCCGAUACACCCAGACAACUACGAGACAACCAGCAUGCCCCUGAUGCAGACACAGACAAACCUGCAGAACCAGAUUCAGAUACCACAGCAACAGCCAUCAGGAGAUAGAGAUAAUUAUUGUAUGUCGAUAUUUCGGAGACUGGAGGUAAAUGGUAUUCCUGAGGAAAGGAAAGUGGCUGAAGCGCUGAACUUGUGACGAGAGAGAAACCAAAGACAGACAGUGCUGGAGCUGCUUUCUGUCUGUCCGUGUCCCUUUAAGCCAUGUGUUUUUCUACAUCUACAUCCUAAAUAGAGCCCCACAGUGGAGGUGUCAUAAU